AUGCCCAUAAGCGACAAAACCUACAGGCUUUUGCUAAGUUCAGGCCUUACUGCCGGUGGUCUAGGCCUGGCUUGGCUCUUUAUGAAGAUGAUUGUACCAUCUAAAGAACAAAUGUUAAAGGUAACGGCUCACUGAAGCCUUUGGAGAAACAGUAACAUAAAUUAGGUUAUGUCAUAAAUUAGCUAAGCUUUAUAAAAUGUAUUGAGUUUUUAAAGCUUUGCACCAUUGAUACAGAAAUGUAAGCAGCUGGUUGGCCCAUCUUUUUUGCUAAUUUACUAUAACCUUCCACGGCUCUCAGGUCAUGUAUAGUUCCUUUUAUAAGAUUAUGUUAUCUUAAGCCACAGCUGUAUAUGUGAAUGGGCUAUUGGGCUAUUGCAUAAUAUCCGUACCCCCCUGCCCCCCCCAACCCCCCCCGGCGUUGAGGACGUACCUUUUCUUCUUGCCCCUGCCCCUGAAGAUUAAUUAAAAUCGCAUUCAUAUGAGUCUACCCCUUGUCCAAAAUUUGUCAAUCCCUGAAGACUAUCACGGGUCUACCCCUGUAGAAUUUCAUGAAAAUUAAAAUUUCACCCACAAAGAAUUCCAUAUUUUGUUUACCCUACCCCUUAAGAAAUUCUCGAUUUUUAUAACAUAUCCGUGAAGAAUUCCAUUUGUUCUCAAUUGACCAAUGAGUAAGUAAGUUUAUUUCAGUUUCAGUCAUAUGUUUCACCCAAACUUUAACAAGUUAAGGCCAUCCCCUUUUUUUCUUCAUUUACCGCUGAAUGCAUUUGCUGAUAUUGGGUCGGCCGGUCGGAUUGAAAAAAAAACAACCUAAAAAAAAAUCACAAGAAGUCUCGGAAUAGUAGGCCCUGGUACCCCAUGACAACGUUAAAAGUUAACAUUCACGUAUUUGGAUUAACAAAAUGUACAAUAUACUGUGAAAAAUAUUCAUGUUUUUGUUCCUGUUUUUCUGUAUGCUGUUACUAUGCUCAUUUUUCAGAUUAAAAGAAUUAUUUCAAGUGAAAAAUGGUGUAACUACGUUGUUACUUUUUUUUUCUUUUUGAAAAUGGCAAAAAUUUGGGUCGGACAGACGACGGUAAAUGGAGAAAAAAAAGAGGAUGGCCUAACUAAUAAUUCAUUUUUUGAUUUUGUUUAGAACCUUCCAGAUGAGGAAAGUUCACCAGAGGCAUUAGCUGCUGCAAAUAGGAGAACUGAACAGUUUUUAACAGUUCUUGAUGAAAACAUGAAAUCUAAAAAACCUGUGUGGCAGGUUAUGGGAACUGAGGAAGUAGAGCAGCGGCAAAAAAGGAGAAAAGAACUUUUGAAAAGAAGAGAUGCCCUGUUAAAGCAAAGAGAAUCUAAAGACAAUGAAUGACUUGCUUGGAGUUUCAAACAAGGAACAGUUACAUCAACCUCACUGUUCAGAAGAUAUUUUGAUGCAUACUGUUAGCAUCUUAAGUGUCUAACAUAUUUUGUCAGAGUUUAUUUCAAAACCAGGAAACUACAAUCAAAACAGAUACAUCUGGAUUCUCUGUAGGCUGUCCACAGACAAAUUUUGUGAGUGUAUGAAGGAAGCGAGCACAGAGCAGAAGGAAAAACAAAAAGAUACUGUUUUAUCAUUUAUCCAUCCAUCCCCACCCCCCCCCCCCCCCCGCUUACUCUUAGACUAGCAGUCAAUAAAUCCUGCAUGGUUUUAUUUUCAUAUACUCUCAACAAUCUUUAACAAAUUUGUUUUCUCAAACAAAGAUAUGUCACAUGCCAAAUUAUUUGUUGCUGCUUAUAAUUUAGCAGACCAUUUCUUAGUACAAAAAAGGCUAACUUCCACUGAAUCAAGUGUCC